AUGGCGCCUAAGAAGAAAACUACCCAAUCCAACUCCCUGCCCCCAACACAGGGAGACAUUCCUCAGGAAGCAGCCAUGGGGGAGUCCACACCCUCGCUCUCAGCAACCCACCGAGGGGCCACGCUCCCAGGGCCACCCCUAGGGCAGGUGCCACCAGAUACCCAAGCAUGGGCACCACUCUACUCCAUCUUGGGUCGGAUGGAGGCGUUUAUGGAAAGGACACAGCGAACCAUGGACAGACUACAACAACAAGCCGACAACAACUCCCCAAGGACCGCAACAUCUCUGCCUUCGCCUACUCACGUCCCUGCGUCAACCCCCCCUCGCACGGAGCGGUACGAUGAAACCUUCAUGUUAGAAAAAUUCCUAAAGUUAAGGCCCCCAGCGUUCUCAGGGGCAACAAACCCAGAGAUGGCCGAACAUUGGGUAAAGCAGACCAAGAGGAUACUAAGGACCAUGGGGUGCCCGGACCACCUCAAAGUCUCUUUAGCUACAUUCAAAUUCGAAGGAGAGGCAGUCAAUUGGUGGGAGACAACAGAAAGGGCAAUCCCUGAGGGCCGUGCCUGGCACUGGGAAGACUUCGAGAGAAGGUUCUUCGAGAAGUACUUUCCAAGAUCGUACCGAGACGAAAAGAUGUCUGAGUUCCUGAAGCUCACUCAAGGCGAGAUGACUAUCGCGCAGUAUGAGGCUAGGUUCACUGAGUUAUCGCGCUAUGCGCCGAAAUUAGUCGAAGAUGAAGACUUCAAAAUCAAGCGAUUUAAAGAUGGUCUUCGACCCUCGAUCCACUCCAAGAUAUGCUGCCUAAACCUGGAAAGCUAUGCCGACGCGAUCGACAAGGCGACUCGAGCUGAAAAUGACGACGAUCGUAGAUCACGGGCCAGGAUUCAACAACAUGAGGCCGGGAAGAGGCUCAGAACAAACCCUGUGAUGCCACCAAUAUCGGACAAAAGACCGAGGAUUGUCUCGCAACAAGCAGGAAUCACCGAAGACAAGAAGCCGCGAGACAGUCGCCCGGGAUGCGGCUACUGCCAGAAGUUGGGACACGAUAUGAAGAACUGCUACAAGAAAAUGAGGGACGAAGGGCAUCCUGUUCCAUCGCAGAAGCAACCAUUCGGGCCAAGCGCGCCUCAAAAACCCCAAGGGCGUCUGUACGCCAUGAGGUCACCGGAAGACGCAGACACUGCCUCAGGACUAAUAGAAGGUACGGCUACUAUCCGAGACACCCCCGUUGUACUUUUAUUUGAUUGCGAAGCUACCAUGUCUUUUAUCUCAAGUUCGAUUGUGGAACGGUUAAAUUUGGAAUUAAAGCGCAGAAAGGAGACAAUCACUGUGGCGUCACCCUUAGGGAAGGUGGUGGAAUUAAACAAAUAUUGCGAGGGCUGCCCCAUCACUAUCGCAGGCCUCGUAAUACCUGUUAACCUAGUGAUAAUAAACAUGAAAUGCUUCGACGUGAUCCUUGGGACGGACUGGAUGGACGAAACUAGGGCAACCAUAGAGAUUAGGGCUAGAAGGAUCACCUUCACCGUAGCAGGGCGAUCCCCCAUCACAAUACAAUGA